AACGAGGCAAACACAGACUGCUUGUCACAUAUGGUAACUUGUUUAAUAAUUGAACAAUUGUAGAAUAAUUGUAAUUAGCAGACAAAAACCCAUAAAUCACGAUCAGAUUCUACUGAUGUGGAAGACGUGCAUGAAUGCAUGGAGUCGUCGCUGUGUGUAAUAUAUUUGUGCACAGUCUGAGACCUUCAGUCAAGGCUAAACUGAUAAAAUCCCUCAGAUGAGUAGUGAAGCACCAGAGUUCGAGGAAUAUAACGUUAGUUCGAUUAUGUGUGAAAGGAUCAGCAAAAGACAGCGGAAAGUGACAUGUUCACCGAGGAGGAACGUUUAAUCGGAGCAUUCGUUUAUCACGGAGAACUUAAAUCGAUGCACACUUGAACAGAACAUUUCAAAACCGGGCACUUUUAUUUGAACUUACUCCAAAUGGACCCAGUGCAACAGAAUUGGUGCAAUCUGAAGCAAAACAGUAGAAAUGCAUAAUGUAAAUCUUUAAUACAGAUCUAUUUCAGUUUUAUUUCAUGAAGUUCAUGAAUGCAAGCCCACGAAUGUGACCCAUGAGCACGCGCUGAAGGAUCAAAGCUCCAUAAGCAGCUUUUGGCUUCAUAACAGAGUCAUUGUUGGACUUGGACUGUUGUUUUUGUCCUGCAUUUCAUCUAAUGAAGAUGAUGACGAUGAUGAACCUCGUGAGAGGGUCUGUGAUGAAGAUCCACGGCCUGUCGCGCGCAUCUCGGUGUCUGGCAGCUGAAGGCGGAGUGCGUGGGUUGUCCUCCUCAUCCGGUCCAAGAGUGUGCAUCGUAGGUGGAGGACCUGCAGGUUUUUACACAGCACAACAGCUCCUGAAGGCUCGGCAUGACACAGCCGUAGAUGUUUACGAGCGACUGCCCGUGCCGUUUGGACUGGUACGGUUUGGGGUCGCACCUGAUCAUCCUGAGGUCAAGAAUGUCAUUAACAGUUUUACUCAGACGGCCCAGCAUGAACGAUUCAGCUUCCAUGGCAAUGUGAAUGUGGGUAAAGAUGUGACGAUUGACGAGUUACGACAAGCUUACCACGCUGUAGUGCUGAGUUACGGAGCUGAAGGAAAUCGGUCAAUGGGAAUUCCAGGUGAAGACUUACCUGGCGUUUUCUCAGCUAAAGACUUUGUCGGAUGGUACAACGGACUGCCCUGUAAUAAAGAGCUGCAUCCAGAUCUCAGCUGUGAGACCGCUGUGAUUCUUGGACAGGGGAAUGUGGCCCUGGAUGUUGCCCGAAUACUUCUGGCUCCUGUAGAAAUGCUGAAGGAAACUGAUAUUUCCCAGAAUUCCCUAGAGGCAUUGGCGAACAGUAAAGUGCGAAGGGUUUUGAUCGUAGGCCGACGAGGACCUCUUCAAAUCGCGUGUACCAUCAAGGAACUCAGAGAGAUGGUCAAUCUGCCAAAGGUCAGGGCUGAUAUGCUGCCCGCUGACUUUAAGGGCAUCGCAGAAGUUUUGAAAGACCUUCCUAGGCCAAGAAAAAGACUGACAGAGCUAAUGAUGAAAGCCGUAAAGGAAGGAGGAGAUGAUAAAGCGGAGAAAUGCUGGGGCUUGCGCUUCUUUCGCAGUCCAGUGGAGGUUCUCGCUGGGGCUGAUGGGAAAAGAGCUACUGGAAUCCGAUUGGCUCUUAAUAAGCUUGAGGGUUCAGGUGAGAGCGCGCGUGCCGAAGUCACCGGUCAGACGGAGGAUGUGGACUGUGGCCUGAUCAUCAGCAGUAUCGGCUAUAAAAGCAUUCCCAUUGAUCCCGUUGUGCCCUUUGACCCCCGAAGAGCCAUCGUGCCCAAUGAGAUGGGAAGAGUGCAGGACACAGCAGGUCUGUACUGCAGCGGCUGGGUCAAACGCGGACCUACCGGCGUGAUCGCAACCACAAUGAACGACAGCUUUGAUACGGCACGUGUUUUAAUUCAGGAUAUGGAGGACGGCAAGCUGGAUCUGUCAGUCAACAAACCAGGCGCCAAAGCGAUCACUGCACUUCUGCAAACACGAGGUGUGAGGACGGUGCUUUUUUCACAGUGGGAGAAGAUUAAUGCAGAGGAGGAGAAAAGAGGCAGAUCCCUUGGAAAACCCAGGGAAAAACUUCUGGAUGUGGACGAGAUGCUGAAGAUCGCCUGGUCCUGAGAAGCGUUGCCAAGAGCACAUCUGAACUGAAAUAAAAACAACCAAAAAUGAUCUCGCCCACUUGUGGUUUUCACAUUUGUUCUCUAAUUCGGAGCAGAAAAAGAUCACGUUUGGCAGAAUUUUCGUGUUGCUCUUCUUAACACAAUGAAAAAUUAGAAAUAGCGAUUGAAAAUUUGAAUGUGUUAUUCACACAAAACUAUCAUAUGACUUCAGACAUCUGAAAAACAAAAAUGGUGCACAAAAUAGGAUGUUUUCUUGUGCAUUGUUGUAGUUCUUUACUUUCACUGUAUAAUAAGAGCAGCUGGGUGAUUCUUCUAAACAUCAUCUUUUCAUUUCUAGAGAAUAAAUAAAGUUGAAUGAGUAGACGGUGAGUAGACGGACAGACGCACGCUUCAUGUAAUUUGAGAACUUUUUCUUCAUGCUUCAUGCUUUCAGAUUGUAUCAGUGAAGAAUGAGUUGUUUAGCUUUGAUAUCAGGACAUGCAUUAUACAUUAAUCACUAGCAUUUUUCCUAAGUGCUUCUGAUGCAGUGUCAAACAAUGACGUCGAACCGGUCGUUGAACAAAUGGAAAUAUUCACUACCUGUUGACGUAUCUUGCCAGAAUAAACAUGUCUGUGUGAAA